AUGCAUGCAUUUUUCUUGUUUCUAGGUGGUUGUUCCUUUGAUGAGCACUACAGUAAUUGUGGUUAUAGUGUGGCCUUGGGAACCAAUGGAUUUACCUGGGAGCAGAUCAAUACCUGGGAAAAGCCAACGAUGGAUCCUGCAGUCCCAACUGGCUCCUUCAUGAUGGUGAACAGCUCUGGACGGGCAUCUGGGCAGAAAGCUCACUUGCUUUUGCCCACGUUGAAGGAAAAUGACACACACUGCAUCGACUUCCAUUAUUACUUAUCCAGCAGAGAUCGCUCGAGUCCUGGCUCUCUGAAUGUCUACGUGAAAGUGAAUGGAGGACCACAGGGCAAUCCCAUAUGGAAUGUCUCAGGGGUUGUUACAGAAGGAUGGGUGAAAGCAGAACUUGCCAUCAGUACGUUCUGGCCACAUUUUUAUCAGGUGAUAUUUGAAUCUGUCUCUGUGAAAGGACAUCCAGGGUACAUAGCUGUGGAUGAAGUCAGAGUUCUUGCCCAUCCAUGCAGAAAAGCACCUCAUUUCUUACGGCUUCAGAAUGUGGAGGUUAAUGUGGGACAGAACGCAACAUUCCAGUGCAUUGCUGGGGGAAAGUGGUCCCAGCAUGACAAACUCUGGCUCCAGCAGUGGAAUGGGAGGGACACAGCAUUAAUGGUCACUCGAGUCGUCAACCACAGGCGUUUCUCUGCUACGGUCAGCGUUGCUGACACCUCGCAGCGCAGCAUCAGCAAAUACCGCUGUGUCAUUCGUUCAGAUGGUGGAUCUGGAGUUUCCAAUUAUGCAGAAUUAAUAGUGAAAGAACCCCCAACUCCUAUUGCCCCUCCUGAACUGCUGGCUGUUGGAGCCACCUACCUGUGGAUCAAACCCAACGCCAAUUCCAUCAUCGGAGACGGGCCCAUCAUACUGAAAGAGGUGGAGUAUCGGACAACCACUGGGAACUGGGCAGAAACACACAUUGUGGACUCUCCCAAUUACAAACUGUGGCAUCUGGACCCAGAUGUGGAGUAUGAGAUCAGAGUGCUGCUGACUCGCCCUGGAGAAGGAGGCACAGGGCCACCUGGACCGCCACUCACAACAAGGACAAAAUGUGCAGAUCCUGUUCAUGGACCACAGAAUGUAGAAGUUGUUGAUAUCCGUUCCCGGCAGCUGACAUUGCAGUGGGAGCCCUUUGGUUAUGCGGUGACCCGCUGCCACAGCUACAAUCUCACAGUCCAGUACCAGUAUGUCUUUAACCAGCAAAAAUUUGAGGCAGAGGAACUCAUCCAAACAUCUUCCCACUAUACCUUGCGAGGUCUUCGGCCGUUCAUGACCAUCAGGCUGAGACUGGCCCUUUCUAAUCCGGAAGGCAAAAUGGAGAGUGAGGAGCUGGUUGUGCAGACUGAGGAGGAUGUUCCUGGACCUGUUCCCUUGGAAUCCAUCCAGGGAGGACCUUUUGAAGAGAAGAUCUAUGUUCAGUGGAAGCCUCCAAAUGAGACAAAUGGCAUCAUUACACUUUAUGAGAUUACUUACAAGGCCGUUGGGUCUCUGGAUCCCAGUGCUGACCUGGCCAGCCAAAGAGGGAAGGUCUUCAAACUAAGGAAUGAAACACAUCACCUCUUUGUAGGAUUAUACCCAGGGACAACGUAUUCAUUCACCAUCAAAGCCAGCACAGUGAAGGGCUUUGGGCCACCCAUCACAACACGGAUUGCAACUAAGAUUUCAGCACCAUCGAUGCCAGAGUACGACACGGACUCGCCCUUGAAUGAGACAGACACCACCAUCACUGUCAUGCUGAAGCCUGCUCAGUCCCGGGGAGCCCCUGUCAGUGUCUAUCAACUCGUUGUCAAGGAGGAGAAGCUGCAGAAAGCUCGCAGAGCUGCAGACAUCAUUGAAUGCUUCUCCAUCCCAGUGAGCUACAAGAACGCCUCCAGCCUUGACUCACCUCACUACUUUGCAGCCGAGCUGAAGCCCAUCAACCUGCCCGUCACACAGCCCUUCACCGUGGGCGACAACAAGACCUACAAUGGCUACUGGAAUGCUCCUCUUUCUCCCCUGAAAAGCUACAGCAUAUACUUUCAGGCUCUUAGCAAGGCAAACGGCGAAACAAAAAUCAACUGCGUCCGGCUGGCAACUAAAGGAGCUUCCACCCAGAAUUCCAAUGCAGUGGAGCCAGAAAAGCAAGUUGACAGCACAGUGAAAAUGGCUGGAGUUAUAGCUGGGCUUCUGAUGUUUGUUAUUAUUCUCUUAGGAGCAAUGCUUACCAUCAAGAGAAGAAGAAAUGCAUACUCCUACUCCUAUUACUUGCAUUCAAGCCAAUGUUUUAGGGGCCUCUCUGUCUUCUACAGGACCAGGAAGCUAGCCAAGAAGCAGAAGGAGACUCAGACCAGCACACAGAGAGAGAUGGGUCCCGUGGCCGCUUCAGACAAGGCCUCUACCAAACUCAGCGCUGUUCACAAUGAAGAAGCUUUCUCUUCCAGCUGCCAAGAUGUUAAUGGAUUCACAUCACCCUCUCCUUGUUCAUUUUCUGUCCAAAGCAAAACCCUUCAGAGCAAAUCUUUGUUGAAUUCCUACUACUCAGUAUCAUCAGACACAGUUCCAUCGACCACGCUGUUAGGUAAGACAGACAGUAGCCAUGGAGAGAUGACUCAGCCAACCUUGACUAUCCAGACCCACCCGUAUCGGAGCUGCGAACCAGUGGAAAUGUCCUACCCACGGGGGCAGUUCCAGCCAGCCAUCCGAGUGGCCGACCUGCUGCAGCACAUCACCCAGAUGAAACGUGGACAGGGCUAUGGAUUUAAAGAGGAAUAUGAGGCAUUACCUGAGGGGCAGACGGCAUCCUGGGAUACAGCCAAGGAAGAUGAAAAUCGCAAUAAGAAUAGAUAUGGAAACAUAAUCUCCUAUGAUCAUUCAAGAGUGAGAUUGCAGCUGCUGGAUGGGGACCCUCACUCUGACUACAUCAACGCCAAUUACAUAGAUGGGUACCACCGGCCUCGUCAUUACAUUGCAACUCAAGGGCCGAUGCAAGAGACAGUGAAGGAUUUCUGGAGAAUGAUUUGGCAAGAAAACUCUGCAAGCGUUGUCAUGGUCACCAACUUGGUGGAAGUGGGCAGGGUGAAAUGUGUUCGGUACUGGCCAGAUGACACAGAGGUCUAUGGGGAUAUUAAAGUCACAUUAAUUGAGACAGAACCACUGGCAGAGUAUGUCAUACGCACAUUUACUGUACAAAAGAAAGGCUACCAUGAGAUCCGAGAGAUUCGGCAGUUCCACUUCACCAGCUGGCCAGACCACGGGGUUCCUUGCUAUGCCACGGGCCUCCUGGGCUUUGUUCGGCAAGUAAAGUUCCUCAACCCCCCAGAGGCAGGACCCAUCGUUGUGCACUGCAGUGCUGGGGCUGGGAGAACAGGGUGCUUCAUUGCCAUUGACAUCAUGCUUGACAUGGCAGAGAACGAAGGUGUGGUUGAUAUAUUUAACUGCGUGCGAGAGCUGCGCUCCCAGAGGGUCAAUUUGGUGCAGACAGAGGAACAGUAUGUAUUUGUCCAUGAUGCCAUUUUGGAGGCAUGUCUCUGCGGCAACACGGCCAUUCCAGUUUGUGAGUUCAGAUCCAUAUAUUACAACAUCAGCAGGAUAGAUCCACAGACCAAUUCCAGCCAGAUAAAAGAUGAGUUUCAGACUCUCAAUAUUGUGACACCGCGGGUUCGGCCAGAGGACUGCAGCAUCGGCCUUUUGCCGAGGAACCAUGACAAGAACCGCUGCAUGGACGUGCUGCCCUUGGACCGGAGCCUGCCCUUCCUCAUCUCUGUGGAUGGCGAAUCCAGUAACUACAUCAAUGCUGCGCUCAUGGAUAGCCACAAGCAACCUGCUGCCUUUAUUGUAACCCAGCACCCUUUGCCCAACACCGUAGCAGACUUCUGGAGGCUGGUGUUUGAUUAUAACUGCUCCUCCGUAGUGAUGCUGAAUGAGAUGGAUGCUGCACAGCUCUGUGUGCAGUACUGGCCAGAGAAGACGUCCUGUUGCUAUGGCCCAAUUCAAGUAGAGUUUGUUUCAGCAGACAUCGAUGAAGACAUCAUCAACCGGAUAUUCCGGAUCUGCAACAUGGCCAGGCCCCAGGAUGGCUAUCGCAUCGUUCAGCACCUGCAGUACAUUGGCUGGCCAGCAUACCGGGACACCCCUCCAUCCAAACGCUCACUGCUGAAGGUGGUCAGGAGGCUGGAGAAGUGGCAGGAGCAGUACGAUGGGAGGGACGGCCGCACUGUGGUCCACUGCCUGAACGGUGGGGGACGAAGUGGCACCUUCUGUGCCAUCUGCAGUGUGUGUGAAAUGAUUCAACAGCAAAAUAUCAUUGACGUGUUCCACAUAGUGAAAACGUUACGGAAUAACAAGUCCAACAUGGUGGAGUCACUGGAACAGUAUAAAUUUGUAUAUGAGGUUGCACUGGAAUACUUGAGCUCCUUUUAG